AUGGACUCUCACAUGUGGAACAUUGUCGUCAUCACCAGAACUAACACUGCUUUGUCAUCUCGGGCCGCCCACGACACACUGCAGCAGGAGAUCCGUGUGAAAGUGGAGAAGAACCCUGAGUUAGGGUUCAGUAUAUCAGGAGGAGUGGGAGCACGGGGAAACCCCUUUCGUCCGGACGAUAAUGGCAUCUUCGUGACGAGGGUCCAGCCUGAGGGACCUGUCUCAAAGAUCCUCCAGCCUGGAGACAAGAUCCUCUAGGCGAACGGAUACAGCUUUGUGAACAUUGACCACGGGAACGCCGUAGCCCUGCUGAAGACGUUUCCCACCACUGUGAAUAUGAUCAUCGUCCGAGAGGUGACAGCGUAG